AACCCGGAUCUCCAGGACCCCAUGCAGGACGACACCAAGGAGACGGACAACUCGACCUCCUCGGACAAGGAGACCACCAACAACGAGAACGAGGAGCAGAACUCGGGCACCAAGCGGAGGGGGCCUCGCACCACCAUUAAAGCCAAGCAGCUGGAGACCCUCAAAGCCGCCUUCGCUGCCACCCCCAAACCCACCCGCCACAUCCGAGAGCAGCUGGCCCAGGAGACCGGCCUCAACAUG